UACCUGAAACUGUCCCCUCCUGCAGGUCUGACUGCUCUGGUAGAGACCCAGCACACUGUGAUGGCAGCAAUGGGAGAAGAGUCAUGCUUACAGUGUCAGCUGAUGCAAACCAAGACUGUUCUGCAAGUCACCUGGCAGAAAGUCCUCCCUGCGGGCGAAGACAAUAUUGCUACUUACACCACAAAGUUUGGUCAGACAGUGAAUGCUAAUUUUAAAGGAAGAGUGGAGUUUAAAACUGCUGGACUGCAGAACUGCUCCAUAAAUAUCAUGAACGUCACGGACCGAGAUGAGGGAUGCUAUCGCUGUCUGUUUAACACCAUCCCCGAAGGUGCUUUCAUCGGGAGAACCUGCCUCCAGAUCUACGAGCUGCACGAACCCUUUCUGCACGUCGUAGACUCGGUGGUCUCCUGCUCGGCCACGGGUCGACCUGCUCCCACGGUAACCCUGACUCUUCCUCACAACAACUCUACAUCUGUCGCCAAUAGCAACGGAACAUUCACUGUCACUGUGACAGCUCGUCUUCACAACAACAGCAGAGAGGUUGGAUGUAACGCACAAGUUCUCACUGCUCCUCAGAAAGAGGCGUCCAUGACGAUCCCAGAGGUCAAAAUGUUGGCUAUUAAAGGUUCUGAAGAAGACUCCCGUUCUGAUAACAGUGGCGUUGCUUUGGCUCUGAUCAUUGUGUCUGUGGUACUCUCCUGUGUGUGUGUUGCGGUUGCAAUCACCGCCUUCCUGUGUAUAAGAAAACAUCUGAGAAGGUAAUUUUAUAAUUUUAUA